AUGGAUUUGAUUGAUCUUUAUCAUGCACAUGAAUAUAGUUUAGCCAACAACACUGAAUCUACUUUUGAAUCCGAGAAUCAAGAAUCUGAUGAUGAAUCUGAAGUAACCAAAGCCAAAGUGAAAAAGCCAAAGUUUGUUCCAUGGGAACCUUUCAAAGCGGCACCUGGUCCUGAUAGAAAGGGAAAGGCGCCUGAUGAUAUACCGUUGUUAAUUCCGUAUAGGAGUAUUAAUAAAGUAGAAAAAGUGAAUGAAAAUGACGCUAAGCCUGUUUUAAUUGACGGAAUGAAACUGCGAAAGAAACGAAGUAGUGAUCAUCCGUUGGUCAACGAAAAGGUGAUAAGAAUGGAAAAGGAGCUUGAAGAGUUUAAGAAGCAACUAGAUUUAGAAAGGAAACUAAACGGGGAACUGAAAACUAUGUUUCUUUCGUCGUUGGGCGAUGAUCUGCAAAUUCAGGUAGAAGCGCUAGCUGAAGACAAAAUACAUCUAGGACGAAGGCUAGAAGAAUAUUGUGAAAAGGUUGCUAUGGGUAACGAGGAAGUAGAAGGGUUGAAGAUAGAGAGGGAUGUUUGGAAGUGUAAAUUUCAAGCGCAAUCCAUUAGAGCAGACGAGCUUAAUGCUAAGGUGGAUUAUCUACUAGACUUGCUGAAAAGAGCCCAAGUUUAUGUUAAAAAAUGGAGUGAACAGUCUUCUAAUGAAACUGUUGCUUACCGGAAACCACCGGCUCAAGUUGUGGAGUUUUGUAAUUUCGAUCUGCACAAGUUGUAUCUCAGAUCACCCUGUGAUCCUCGAAUUAAACAGGUUGUUCGGGUCGCGAGAUUCAGCUUAUUUAAGAAUCGAGACUAUGAAAUCAUGAGUGGCUACAGCUCUUAA